AUGAGGGUCCACGUGGAGCAGGAGCUUCUGAUCUACGAGGCGUUCCCGUACGAUCAACAGCAGCCACAGAACAACCUGAAAGUGCGCUUCAAAAAAGUUCCCCACAACAUCAACUUCAGAGAAAAGAAAACUAAGGUUAAGAAAGAUAGGAAGGCGGAGAGCGGAGCCACUGAGGACAGCGUUUCUGUGAAAAGCCGGAUCGCCAGAUUCAGAUACUUUGAGGACAUCUCGGGAUACUCAGGGGUGUUUAUCUGCGGGCCGUCUCCUCACUGGAUGCUCGUCACGUCCCGCGGAGCCAUCAGGCUUCAUCCAAUGACCAUCGACGGAUCAAUAGAGUCCUUCGCCCCCUUCCACAACAUCAACUGUCCCAAAGGGUUCCUCUACUUCAACAAACAGGGCGAGCUAAGGAUCAGCGUCCUGCCCACCUACCUGUCCUACGACGCCCCCUGGCCCGUCAGAAAAAUCCCCCUGAGGUGCACCGUGCACUACGUCGCCUACCAUGUGGAGUGCAAGGUGUACGCUAUUUGCACGAGUGUGAAAGAUCCGUGCACACGCAUUCCCAGGAUGACGGGAGAGGAGAAGGAGUUUGAAACCAUAGAUCGAGAAAUGCAUUUUAACACCCUCUGUAUCCUCACUGCAAUUCAUAUAACUUGUAUGUUCUACUUCGACAAAUCCACCUGA